GUCCUCGCGACAGCCGCUUCGGGACCUCAGUAUCCAGGAAGAACCAGGCGCGCCAGGAGCGGCCGCGGGAACUACAACUCCCAGCAGGCUCUGCGCUGGCGGCGCUAGUUGGGGGCCAAUUAGAACAAAGGAACUGGCGCGCUCUUGGGAUAGCAAGCUGAAGGGGAGCAGCGCGCUCCAGUUUCAUUGGCUAGGGUCAUGAGGGUGGGGCUCCGGGAGGGCAUGCUCCAGGAUCAUUGGCUGAGGGACGUGAGGGUGGUGCCCCGGUAGGGCGCGCUCCUGGUUCAUUGGCUGAGGGGCGUGAGGGUGGGGCUGCGGGAGGGCGCGCUUCGGGCUCAUUGGCUGAAGGUAGGGGCGGGGCUCCGGGAGAAGACACUCCGGGGGCGCGCUCGGGUCUCAUUGGCUGGGGGCGCGGGGCGGGGCUCCGGAGGGCGCGCGCCGAGGCGGCGGCCAUGGAGGGAGCGGGAGCCGGAGCUGGUUUCCGGAAGGAGCUGGUGAGCAGGCUGCUGCACGUGCACUUUAAGGAUGACAAGACCAAAGGUGCAGUUAGCGGGGAUGCACUGCAGCUCAUGGCAGAGCUGCUGAAGAUCUUCGUUGUGGGUGAGCCCAGGGCCCCGCCUCCCAGGCAGCGUCCAGGAUUCCCUUUGUUUCUCCAGCCGGAAAACCAAGACACGUUUUCCCGUUUCCCACAAGGGCCUGAACCUGGUCUCCUGCGCCUGCUGGUCAGGUGCUACAACCUGGUUCUAGGGGCUGCCCGUGGAUGUGGGUGGGGGCACUGGCCCCGGCUGAGGCCCUCGGUGGGCCCGAGUUUCAGAUCUCCCAGCAUCCCCCACUUGAGUUUCUCACUGCAGAAGCAGCAGUCCGUGGGGUGCGGCAGGCCCAGGCAGAAGAUGCCGUUCUCGUGGAUGUGGACCAGCUGGAGAAGGUGCUCCCACAGCUGCUCCUGGACUUCUAGGGAUCUCAGCCGUGGCUGACGCCACCCCGGGGAAGACCCUAGUCCACAGAAUCGGGGCUUGUUUUUAGUGGCUUCUGGUUGCAGACGGGGAAGGACCUGAGGGAUUUGGAGCUGAUUCAAACAAGAUCCCGAGAUUCCGCAGCCUUUGCAGAAGGGGCAGGACUGCAGCACACUGCCACCCUUGGAGUGCCCACUGGGGACAGGCCCAUGGGGGAGUCCCUGCCUGUCCCCUGGGGUCCUACAGGCAAGUGCUGGGAAAGGCCCGGCCACCAGCCAGCAGGUAGACCGUUUUACAAACAGCAGCUGGCAGCGCCGCCUCCUGGCCACAUUCCUGCCACCGACAUCAAAGCCUGUGUGACCUUCCCAGCCAUCCGGUAUUCCCCUCAGAAAAUGGUUCCCGAGGCUAUAAAUUUGUUCUCACAAAGCAACAUCAAUAAAUCAAAACUGUCUCUCCCA